UUGGUCCCAUCUCUGAUAAAAAGCUGCCAGUCUCUAAAAGCAGAAGCAGAAAAUAGCGCCCAGACCCUAAUCCCUGGGUGUGUCUCUGCAAUUCAGGCCGUAUUCUGCGCAGGCGUCGCCGAGGCUUGUGAAACGCAGGCAGCACGUCCCAAAGGCUGAUAAAGCAACUGAGAUCACGCCCUCCUUCGAGGCAAUGCUGAAGCGGCGGGCAGCGAGCCGGAGGAGGGAGAAGAGCGUGGACAAGGGGUACGGCCGGACUCGGCCGAGGAGGAGCACGGCCCACGCGCCCAGCUAUCCCAAGCAGAGCUUCUCCCGGGCGCCCAGGAUGAGUAAAGCCUUGAACAACCUCUACAUGCAUCUGUACGAGGAGGUCGGGGAGCACGAGCCUUGGGCUGUGCAGAGAGUUGAAGGGUUGCCGAAAGCUUGCAUGGUCUUCAGCGCCCUCCGCAACGGGAGGAUCCACGUCAACGACCUGCUCCUGACCCUGCACGCGCUGGGGAUCCUCGUGACCAGCACGGAGAUGCGGCAAGUGCUCAAGGCCAUUGACAUUGAUGCAAACGGGAACCUGGUCUUCACCGAUUUCCUGGACGUUUUGAAGGAGACCUCGCCCUUUGCCCAGACUGAGGCCUUCCAGAACACCUACCAGGCUUUCAGCAAGAUGCGGAAGGGUCUGAUCGCCGUGGACGACUUGCAGCCCUCUCUGCUCUGCCUGGGCGUGGGGCUGAGCUUGGAGACGCUGCAGGAGGCGCUGAAACAUGUUUACGUGACCAAGGACAAGCAGCUGAACGUCUGGGAUUUCCUGAUGGCCGUGAGCGACCUCGAGCAUCAGUACGAGGACGUGGAAUCCCUGGGCCUCUACGACACUUUGAAGCCCAAGAGGCCUGGGCGUGCGUUAGACUCUGACGCAAAGGCCAGGGCGAGGAGACGGACGCGGUUCUCCUUUGACGUCAAGUACCUGCAGAAAGCUGACACGCCUCAGCUGGAUUCCUCUUCAGCUCGCCCGCAGAAAGCGCCGCGGGCUGGUAAACAGCCGUCCUGCCCCCGGCCUCGGUUCCUGUCCUUCCAAGAGAAGCUUCCGUCUAGACUCGAUGCGGAAGGCAGCCCCGAGGAGACUCCCCGGGCUCCCAAGAGGCGUCUGACCCGACAGAAGCCUCCUUGGAGCACUAGCAUUGAGGAAGACAUAGAGGAACCUCUGGAAGACACGGAGAGCCCUUUUGCCCAGGAGAGGAGCCACAAGACACGGCAAUUCACAGCAGCCAAGGAACCAGCCGGGGUGAAAGAACCAGGGGUGGCUUCUGCUGGCGGCCAGCGUGUCCCCGACUCUGAAGCCCUACAGGAUGCCUCUGAGAUUGUCAACAAGAUCAAAGCCGAUACCGUGGAGGUGGCGGAACUGCGCGGCAUUCUGCAGACCAUGGGGAUCCCUUUCACUGACCAGGAGUUCCAGGAAGUGCUGCAGAAAGUGACGCUGGAAAAGGACGGGACGGUGAGCUUCGAUUGCUUCCUGGCGGCUGCGGCCAACACGCGGCGCUUCUCCGAAUUUUCAGCGCUGAAAGGGGCCGUUGCCGCCGUCAGCAAGGUGCAAGGCGACAGGGUGGCUGCGAGCGACUUGCUGUCCUGGCUGCGGGACAUGGGGAUCCACGUCUCGGAUGCAGAAUUCCAGCAGGCGCUGGAGCAGGUGUCUGUGGAUGCUAACGGAAAGGUGAACGUCAGAGCUUUCAUGGAAGUCCUGUCCAAAAGUCCGCGGCUCUGCCAGCUGCUAGCGGUGCAGGAGGCCCUCAGGGUCGUCAAGCAUGUCAAGGAGGACGAGGUGGAGGCGAGCCACCUGGACACCAGCCUGAGAACCCUGGGGCUGCGCCUGGCCAGCGACGUGAUCGGGCAGGUGCUGCAGUCGGCUCACGUGGACGAGGCCGGGAGGGUGAAAUUCGCCGAUUUCAUGACGGCUCUGUCCAGGAGCCAGUAUUUCAUCCUACCUGCAGCCCUGCAGGAGGCCUCCAGCAUCCUCAGCAAGCUGGAGGGGGAGAAGAUCAGCGUUCAGGACCUGCAGACCGUGCUGAGCCACUUGACCGUCCGUCUGUCCGGCGCAGAGCUCGCCGACGUGCUCCAGCUCUGUCCUGUGGAUGACAGCAGCAGGGUGAACCUGAGCGAUUUCAUCAGGGCAGUGACCUCCAGCCGGCGUUUCGCAGAAUCGGUGGGGCUGCAGCUCUCCUGCCUGGCCAUCAGCACGCUCCAGGAUGACCACUUCGACCUCCACCACCUGGAGUCCACCCUGACCAACAUGGGCCUCCGGCUAGCGAAGGAGACGCUGGCGGAGGUGAUGAAGGUCGCCAGCGCGGACGACCACGGGAAGGUGAAUUUCAGAGAAUUCAUAGCAGUUUUAACCCAGCUGCCUCACUUUCCUGACACUACCGUGCUGAAGGAGACCUUCGAUGCUCUGAGCAGCAUGAAGGACGCGAGCGUCCGUGUCGAUGCGCUGGGCUCCACGCUGGCGAGCGUGGGGAUUGUAUUAACGGAGGAGGAGCUACGCGAAUUGCUGGCAUCCGUUGCCAUCGCCGGAGACGGGAUGGUGCAGUUUAAAGACGUCCUGGUGUCCAUGACGGGGACCCGGCGACUCACUGAGUUUGAAGCCUUGCAGGACGCGUUCACUGCCCUCAGCAAAAUCAGCGGAGACAAGAUCGAGGUGAGCAGCUUGCCGGCAGCGCUGAAAGCCUUGGGGAUCCAGUUAACCCCUGAGGAGCUGCAAGAAGCCCUGCCCUCCUGUCCUGCUGACGGAUCGGGGAGGGUGAAUGUGCAGGAAUUCAUGCGGCUGCUGAGCCGCACCCCGCGCGUCUCUGGAAGUGCAGCGCUGCAGGCGGCUUUGGAGACUGUCAACAGGAUCAAAGAGGAGAAGGUCCCUGCUUCUCAGCUGGAGCAGAUGCUCAACAGCUUGGGAGUGCACGUGGCCAAAGAGUCACUCCUGGAAGGGCUGAAGGCUGCGGAUGGGGAUGGAAAGGUGAAUUUUGAAGACUUUCUGACCUCCUUGGCCAAUCCCCAGAACAUCUCUGAGCUGGAAGCGGUGCAGGGGGCCUUGGAUGUCGUCAGUAGGGUUGAAGAUGACAAAAUGGAAGUUUCACACCUGGAGUCGGCUCUGGCUGGCAUGGGCAUCACGUUACCCAAGGGAGAGCUGGAGGAAGCCCUGAGACACGCUACCGUUGAUGGAGACGGGAAGGUGAACUUUAAUGACUUUCUGAAGGGUUUGACCAGCACCAAACGUUUCUCCAGAACCCUCAAGAUGGAAGGGGCUGUGAGAGCCAUUGGUGCCAUCAAAGAGGACACGGUGGACGUUCAUCACCUGGAGUCCAUCAUGCGCAACAUGGGAAUUCAUUUAACCCCCUCGGAGAUUGAACUGGCCCUAAAGCACGUGGCCUGUGAGGAAGAUGGGAAGGUGGAUUUGAAAGAUUUCAUGACAGCUUUGACCAAAAGCCGGCGAUUUUCCCAAGCUGAAACGGACAGGGUCGAUGUCCGGAACCUGGACUCCAUCCUGGACAGCAUGGGUAUCUACCUGACGAACACGGAGCUGCAGGAGGUGCUGAAGCAGGUUGCGGUGGAUGCGGACGGGAAGGUGUAUCUGAGCAAGUUUCUGAAGGGCGUGAGGGCUCUCCGGAGAUUCUCCCACGGUGAAGGUGAGCACCAUGGACUCCCCAUCAAAGAGGGACAGAUCGCGAUGCGUACAGCACCCUGCAGAUGGAAAAGGGUGGAUGUCAGAGACCUGGAUGCUCUUCUGGCUGAAAUGGGGAUGCACUUAACACAGGAGGAGCUCCAAGAGGUGUUGAAGCACGUCAGUGUGGAUGGAGACGGCAAGGUGAGCGUGAGCGGCUUUACGAAGAGUGUGAUAAGCACACGGCGGGCUUCCCAAGCUGAGAGUGAGUCAAGCCCUGGGGACAGGGUUGCGACGAGUCACCUGGACUCCAUUCUGGGCAACCUGGGGAUCUUUCUGACGGAAGAGGAGCUCCAGGCGGCGCUGAAGCACACGGAGAUAGACGCUGAUGGAAAGGUGAAUUUGGGCGAAUUUAUGAAGGGGGUGAAGACUGUCCAAAAACUGCCCCCAAGUGAGGGGGACAAAGUGGACGCGGGGAGCCUGGGCUCCGAGCUGGCCAACCUGGGGAUCCAUCUAACCCCGGAGGAGCUGCAGGAGGCGCUGCAGCGCAGCCCCGCUGACCGAGACGGCAGAGUCAGCCUCGGUGCCUUUCUGAAGAGCGUGACGAGCACGCGGAGGCCUUCCCAGGCCGAGAGGGAUAGAGUUGAUACCCGGAACCUGGACUGCAUCCUGGCCCACAUGGGCAUCUACUUAACCAAUGAGGAGCUGCAGGAGGCGCUUAAGUUGGCGACGGUGGAUGCCGACGGGAAGGUGAAUUUGAGCGAGUUCAUGCGCGGAGUGAGCGCUGCCCAGCCUUCCACCCAAGGAUCCGAGGAGAAGGUUAAUGUCCGUGAGCUGGACUCCAUCCUGGCCAGCCUGGGGAUCUGUGCCGCCGACGAGGAGCUGCAGGCAGCGUUGACGCACACUACAGUUAGCGAAGCCGGAACAGUGAACCUGACGGACUUCCUGAGGGCGCUGAACGCCACACGGUGCCACGCCAAGGCUCGGAAGGAACCUCAGACGACUGAAACCAGAAUGACCCUGAAGUCCCUGCCCAAGAAGAUGAUACUGAAACCAGACCCCAAAAAGGCCAGCAGGGAGUUAUCUGGCAUCCUUCUAGACAGAAGCAAGUGCAAAACCGCGAAGAGCCUGACCAGAGACCAACUAGAAGCUUUCCACCGUGCCUACAAUUUCUUCAGCAAGGACGCAGAUGGCAAUAUUGACCGGCAAGGCUUGAAGGCCACUGCAAAGAAGCUGGGGAUUGAUUUAACCGAACAAGAGGCCGAUGAUGAGCUGUUGUAUGCUGAUAUAGACGGAGACGGGAAGGUGAACUUCUCUGAUUUUCUGACCAUUGUCAGCGACAACAAACGCUUCAUCCAGGCUGUAGCCCCGGAGAAAGGCAGCACAGAGGAUGUGGAGUCCAUUGAUGCCACAGGAAUCUUGAUGUUUGAGAUCCUAUCCAAGCUGGUGGAGCUGUCGGCUCUGCCGAGGAAGGCCAUGCUUGAAAUAGUCAGUUACUACCGGCAGAAGUUCAUGGCAUCUACUGGCAGGAGGGCCUUGAUAGACGAUAGCAAUUUAAUGGAUCGUGGGAAGAGUCGCCACACGUUCAGACAUGCCCCUCAGAAAGGCAAAGUCACUCCUCAGUCAGCCUUUGCAGGUGCAGCCCGCAUCUCCGUGAUGAACAACAAAGAGCUGGAAGCCUACGUGGAAACCCUCAAGGCAAGCACUGCCCCCUCUGACAGUCCUUAUGCUCAGGUCCCCAUCUUCCCGUUGCUUCCCAACCGGGAUGGAAUGACCGAACCGAAGCCAAAAAAAGACUUGCAGAAGCUAGAGAUGCAGAGAAGGAAAGAGCCUAUAUCCUCAUUUGAAAACCACUUUUUCCACAAAAGAAACUGGCUGCGCAAGGCAGCUGCGUUCAAACCGCCUGGUGAUUUCAAAGGUCAGAAAAUCCCCCUUUCUCUCAGCCCUCACUUGAUGGAGAGGCGUCACCAGCUCACCAUAGACGACCUGCAGGAGAUACGACUAGAUGUGAAGAGGGUAACUGAAAUGUACAAGGAGGGGAUGGCACUGAAGGAGAGGAACAGGAUGUUGAGACUGUGGCAGAAGUUGCAUGGGGGCCAGAUUGGACUGAAGCCAAGGAACAACAGCUUCUACCACACUUUCUCCACCUACACUUGGUCAUGGAACACCCGCCAGGAGCUGGUGACACCCAAUCAACUUCAGGAGUAUGAUAAUAAACUGUACCACAGAGAACAGUCCUCAGCCUGUUCAGAUGACAGUGAAGUCAAGGAUGGGACAAGGAAUGGAAAAGAAAGGAAAUGAGAAGAAAUAGGCAUACUGCUUCUUUUUCUUAACAUCGCUACUGAAUACUCACCUCUGCCCCAUUAUUUUCCCCUGUAACAGCCUCAGACCAUCACACUGUCUGAGGCUAGGAAAGAGAACUGGUUCCCCUUUGAACCCUGGAUAAUACAAUGAAAAUUAAA